AUGCUAACUAUCAGAUGUGCGAGGCAAACACGAGCCUUCCUCCGGCCGCCAGCCGCCGCCGCGAAUAAUACCACCGCCUCCGCCACGUUCUUCUACUCCUCACUGACGCACAGUUCUUAUCCCUUCUCCCCAUCACAUUCCCUGUCUCCUUCCUCUCCUAAUCCAACGGCCCCAGAUGGAUCUCAGCCCGAGGUGCAUCCAAACGAAAUUGUUUCAUACUUCAGAGAAUGGUUCAUGUCCCGAAAGAAACCCCUCUUCGACACCGUCUUCGAGAUCCUCCGCACCCAGGAGGAGUCCGCCGCCGACUCAGCGCUUUCCCGAUUGAAUCUCAGGUUAUCGGAAAUCCUAAUUCUCGAUGUGUUGGAUUACGGCAAGAAGGACGUCCUCUCCUGCUUGAAAUUCUUCGAUUGGGCCGGCCGGCAGCCGGGCUUCCACCACACGAGAACCACGUUCGAUGCCAUUUUCCGGAUUAUAUCCAAAGCCAAGAUGAUGAACUUGAUGCUGGAGUUUCUGCAGAACUAUAUGAAGCAGAGAUAUGUUCACAAGAUUAGGCAUUACAACAUAUUGGUGAUGGGUUAUGCCGUGGCAGGUAAACCCGAGACCGCACUCCAGGUGUAUGGCGAAAUGCGGUUCCUAGGCGUGGACUUGGACGCGCUAGCUUACCAUGUGCUUUUGAACUCUUUCAUCGAUCAUGGUUAUUUUGAUGCUGUGGAGACUGUAGCUCGCGAGAUUAGACUUAGAGGCUUCCAGAAUGAGAUCACGCAUUCGAUUAUGAUGAAGAGUUUCUGCAAGCGGAAUGAGUUGGAGAAAGGUGAAGAGUAUUUGCGCGCCCUUGCCCGUGAUAAUGCUGAGCAGUUGAGUGAUACUGUUGUGGGUAUCUUUGUGGAUGCCCUGUGUAAGAAUAAUCAAUUGAAGAGGGCUGAACUGUUGGUUUUGGAUUUGCAGAAAAUGGGUAUAAUCUCGCUUGAUCAUGCAUAUGGUGUAUGGAUUAAGGACCUUGUCAAGGCUGGAAAGCUGGAUAGUGCUUUGGAAGUCUUGAAGGAUAAGCAGGCUACAAAGAGUUUCAUUCCCGACGUAUUCAGUUACAACAUGUUGAUUUGCAGGCUAUUGAGGGAAAAUAGAAUACUGGAAGUGUAUGACAUGUUAGUGGACAUGAGGGAUCAGGAGAUAUUGCCUAAUAAUGUUACUAUGAAUGCUAUCUUGUGCUUCUUGUGCAAAGUGGGGAGAACGGAUAUUGCAAUGGACUUGUACAAUUCACGGGCCGACUUUGGCCUUUCGGUUAAUUAUAUGGCUUAUAAUUAUUUAACAAAUACUCUACUGGGGGAUGCCAGUGUUGAUGAAGCUUAUCGUGUGUUGCGGAAUUCAAUGGAACAGGGGUAUAUACUCGGACAGAAAACAUUUUCCAGUAUUACUGAUGCUCUAUGCAGAGAUGGAAGGCUUGAUAAGAUGAAGGAUUUGGUUCGUUUUAUGUUUGAUCACAAUAUCAUGCCCAAUAAUGCGACUUAUGACAAGAUUAUAUCCGAUUUUUGCCGAGCUGGAAGGGUCGAGGAAGGGUACACAGUCCAUGGCCUUAUCAACUCAUUGAAUAAGCAAUCCCGGAGGAGUUCUUAUAUUGACCUGAUUAUUGGAUUUAGUAGGUCGGGUAGAGGAAGUAUUGCAGCUACAUUACUCAUUGAAAUGCAAGAGAAAGGUUAUUUACCGAGUAGGAAACUGGUGAGGGAGGUGAUAUGCUGCAUAUGUAAAGAAGAUAAUUCAGAGAAUCAGUUUUUCGCAUUGCUCGAGAUGCAUUUUGCUCGAAAUCUGUUGCCUGCGUAUGACGUUUACAAAUUUUUCAUUGAUGGUGCUGGUCAUGCAGGGAGACCAGAGCUAGCUAGACAAGUAUACGAAAUGAUGAGAAGAAGUGGUACUAAAUCGGACAUUAAGUCUAGCAUCCUAGUGCUGCAGAGUUAUCUGAAGAGCAACAGAAUAGCUGAGGCUUUGAAUUUUUUCCGUGAAUUGUCCACGAGUUGGCAUAAGAGGAGACUGUGGAACACUAUGGUUAUUGGUCUCUCCAAGGCCGAAAAGCCUGAGCAUGCAUUGAAAUUAUUGGAUGAUAUGAAGACAAAAAAGUUGAUACCGAGUGUCGAUUGCUAUGAGGGACUUAUUAAGGUAUAUUGUGAUUUGGGGCAAUAUCAUAAUGCUCUUGAUCUUGUAAAUGAUAUGACGCAGAUGGGCCUUCCCAUUUCUUCCUUUAUCGGGAAUUUACUUCUGUCGCAUUCAUUGAAAACCACGAAAAUAUACACAGCUUGGGCCUUUUUAAGCCGCAGCCAAAGUUUUUCGCCUGCGUGUUGGAUGUUGGGUCACGUCAUUGGUGUGUUUUCUGGUUCCAUUGAAGGAGAUUAUGAUUACGAGGGGUUGGAGCAACUGAUUCAAGGAUGCUUCCGCAUAAAUAUGAACACUAAUAAUAUGCUAUUGCGAAAACUAAGCAUGAAGGGAAUAGAUCAUGCUUGUGAUUUUUUUGACCGAUUAGUUGAAAGAGGGUUUGAGCCCAAUAGAUGGACUUAUGAUAUCAUUGUUCAAGGUUUAGUCAAAGAUGGUCGGACUGAAGAGGCGAGGGUAUGGUUGGAAGAUAUGUUACGUAAAGGGUUUAACGUAACUGAGAGAACUAGAAAAGGUGAAGCAGCUGUGAUUUUGAGGAAGGUGCGAAAUGACAGGCAGUUGCACGCCUUCAAAAGAUCU